AUGGCAACUUUCAACAGAGUUGCACGGAACGUGCUGCAGAAGAGUCCCAAUGAUGUUGUCCUGUUGUCCACCGUGAGGACUCCAAUCAAUCGAAGCUUCAAAGGCGGUUACAAAGAUGCAUGGCCAGAAGAUAUCUUGAUGCCAGCAAUGAAGGCCGCCGUACAGCGCGCCAAAAUCGAGCCCGGAGAUGUGAACGACGCUAUGAUUGGAAAUGUGUUGGCCGAGCUUGGAUUUGCAAAGACUGGCCGAAUGGCACUCAAUCAUGCUGGAUUUCCUAAUUCAACGACGUUCCACACUGUCAAUCGUCAGUGCUCAAGCAGUCUACAAGCAAUUACUCACAUCUCGCAUUCUAUCAUGGUUGGGCAGAUCGACGUGGGCCUUGCUGGAGGUGUCGAGAGCAUGUCGAGAAAUUAUGGCUCACGAGGGGUUCCGACUGAUGUUUCCCCAACUCUACAAGCAUCACAAGUUAAGGAUGCUCGCGACUGUUUGAUGCCAAUGGGGAUCACUUCUGAGAAUGUGGCAGAAAGGUAUGGCAUCGACCGAAAAUCGCAAGACGAGUACGCGGUCCGGAGCCACGGCCGUGCAAGCAAAGCUCAAAAGGAGGGACGGUUUGACUGGGAACUUGUGUCUGUGACUGUUCCGCGGGUGGACGAAGCAACAGGGCAGCUUGCCGGAUUUGAGGUUACUAAGGACGACGGCAUUAGGCAUGGGUUGACAUACGAGAAGGUUUCCACCUUAAAACCUGUCUUUGGUGAGAAUGGAAAGAGCACAGCUGGUAACUCAUCUCAAAUCUCCGAUGGGGCUUCAGCUACGAUCUUGGCUAGGAGAUCAUGGGCAGAGGAGCGCGGCCUUAAGCCCCUAGGACGCUUCGUCGGGACCCAAGUGAGAGGCUGCGCACCGGAUGAGAUGGGUAUAGGACCCAUCCUCGCCUUUCCAGCGUUGUAUAAGUACACAGGAGUGGACCAGAAAGACGUCGAUAUCAUUGAGCUUAACGAAGCCUUUGCCAGCCAGACGCUACAAUGUAUUCGGGCACUCGGACUCGACGAGGAGAAGGUCAACCCGAAUGGAGGUGCUAUCGCCCUCGGACAUCCUACCGGAGCUACUGGUGCUCGUCAAACUGCAACGCUAUUUGGCGAGUUGCGCAGGCAGGACAAGGAGAUUGGAAUUGUGAGCAUGUGCGCGAGUACUGGGCAUGGAGUCGCGUCAAUGUUCAUUCGUGAGUCAUAA